AUGGAUACCUCACCUUUCAAGCCGAUUGCCAUUGUUGGCAUAGGCUGUCGACUACCUGGAAGCAUUACUAACCCGUCACAAUUAUGGGAAUUCCUUGAUCAAAGACGCUCGGCUGGUGGAAAGCUGCCAGAGUCUCGCUUUAAUAUCGAUGGCUAUCAUGGCGGCAAGGACCAGCCGGCAAUCACAGAAGCCCUUGGUGGCUAUUUCAUCCAAGAAGACAUCCGGGUCUUUGACAACCAGUUCUUCGGUAUUAAUAAUAGAGAAGCUGGUUCCAUGGACCCGCAGCAGCGUAAACUGCUCGAGGUUGUCUUUGAAAGCUUUGAAAGCGCUGGCGUCUCCCUAGACGAAGCUUCCGGUGCCAACAUCGGCUGUUAUGUUGCCUCCUUCACUCCGGAUUUUAUUGCCAUGCAAACCAAGGACGUCGAAAGCUUAAGUAGAUAUAGCCAAAUUGGUAUGGGAACAACAAUACUUGCAAAUAGGAUUAGCCAUGUGUUCAACCUGAAAGGCCCAAGCUGCGUACUGGACACCGCCUGCUCAUCUUCAUUAUACGCCCUUCAAGCUGCCUCCUCGGCGCUACUGGCGGGCGAAUGCGAUUCUGCUAUCGUUGCAGGUGUAAACCUCGUGCAGACCCCUGAGAUGCAUGUGGCUAUCUCCCAAGCUGGGGUUAUCUCACCAUCUUCAACUUGUCACACCUUUGACUCAUCCGCCGAUGGCUACGGCCGGGCUGAUGGUGUCAAUGCCAUCUUCAUCAAGCGACUUGACGACGCUAUUCGUGACGGUGACCCGAUUAGGUCCAUCAUACGCUCUGUAGCAGUGAAUAGCAAUGGGCACACACCUGGUAUCACACAGCCAAGUAUCGAUGGACAAGAAGCCGUCAUUCGCAAAGCAUAUGCGCGGGCCAAGUUGAACCCAUCCGAUACCCCAUUCGUCGAAACCCACGGCACAGGUACCGGCGUCGGCGAUCCGAUAGAGGUUGAGGCUCUCUCGCGCGUUUUUCAAAAGAAUGAGAGAGACCAUCCUCUCCUCCUUGGAGCUGUUAAGACAAACCUGGGACACAGUGAGGCAGCUAGUGGCUUAACUAGCAUUAUCAAGGCCACCCUAAUGCUUGAAAGGGGGCAAAUUCCAGCCACCAUUGGCCUUAAGCAAUUGAACCCAAAGCUCAAAAUCGACGACUGGGGAGUCCAGAUUGUGACGAGCACAAUUCCAUUACCGUCUAACGGACAAGAGACCCGCCGUGUCAGCGUCAACUCUUUUGGCUAUGGAGGGGCUAACGCGCAUAGCAUUCUUGAAUCAGCACCUCUGAAUAACAAUAAAGUCUUCGUCAACAAACCUAAGGGUGUAAACGGAAUCAACGGCACCAAUGGCACUAACGGUACUAACGGGCAUAGCAACGGUUAUGUCAACGGUGAGAACCAUGAAUAUGGUUACACUUCAGACCAAACCUACCUUAUUCCAUUCUCUGCAAAUAAACUCCCUUCACUUCAUGGCAGAGUCGAGAAAUUGUCAGAAUUGGACUUAUCAUCCAUCUCAAUCAGAGAUCUGGCGUAUACCCUCGGACAGCGUCGCACACACCUCCCCCUUCGAGGUUACAUCGUCGCCAAAGAGUCCAGUCUGCUAGAAGACAUCACUCUGGACAACCUUCGUCUUUCCACCACGGAGAAUAACCAUUCAGAACGAAAAUGUGCAUUCGUCUUCACAGGACAGGGUGCGCAAUACCCAGGCAUGAGCCGGGAGUUGAUGCAGUUUUCCACAUUCUCCCGCACCAUACGCGAGUUAGAUGACGCAUUAUCUUCUCUUCCACACGCUCCGUCCUGGAAGAUAUACGACGUCUUGACGGACACAUCAGAAAAGUGUCCCAUUAAUCAGGCCGAGUUCGCUCAAACCACCACGACAGCCGUGCAGAUUGGCAUCGUCAACCUGCUGCGAGACUGGUCCAUACACCCCCAAGGAACGGUCGGCCACUCCUCAGGCGAGAUCGGCGCAGCGUAUGCCGCCGGCCUACUCAGCGCGCGAGAGGCGAUUGUUACUGCUUAUUACAGAGGAUAUCUUGUCACCAAGGUGACUUCUGAGGGCUCCAUGGCUGCGGUCGGUCUUGGUCCCGAUAGCACAAACGAAUGGAUUACCAAGCUAGGCCUCGGCGCAAAAGUCAGAGUAGCGUGUAUUAAUUCCCCUGAAAGCGUUACUAUCAGCGGCGACAGUGAUGGUGUCGAUACUGCUUUCGACGCGUUACAAACAGAAGGGAUCUUUGCGCGAAAGCUGAGAACCGACGGCAGAGCAUACCACUCUCACCACAUGACCGUUAUCGGUCACGAAUACGAGAAGCUCCUGGAGCAAGCUUGGGCAUUAGAAGAUGCGCCUUCUCGAAACACUACCCCUGAAAAGGCGCGGAUGUUCUCAACGGUGAUAUGUCAAGAAGUGAACGAGAAACAUGUUCGCAAGCCCUCCUACUGGCGCACGAAUCUAGAAUCACCAGUUCGCUUCAGCGAAGGUCUCACGGGGCUUUCCAAGAUGACAGAUGGUAUGACGUUCGUCGAGGUCGGCCCUCACGCGGCGCUCAAGAUGCCAUCUUUGAGUACUCUGGGUAAAGACACGUCCUAUUUAGGAACACUAACUAGAGGCAAAGAUGCGUCGGUAUCGCUGCUCAGCCUUGUCGGAGACCUCUAUACACAGGAAUUCCGCGUUGACUUUGCCGCCCUCAAUAAGGCUCAUGCAGGACAAGCUGCUACGCCUAAGGUUUUGUGCGAUCUGCCCAACUAUCCUUGGCACUACGAGGAUCUGUUAUGGGCCGAGUCGCGCGUCAGCAGCGAAGCACGUUUCCGCAGACAUCCGCGACACGAGCUUUUGGGUAGCGAAAUACCAGGGGGCAACAAGACAACUUAUGGCUGGCGUAACAUACUUCAGUUAGAUAACGUCCCAUGGCUUCGAGAUCAUAAGCUCGGGGAGACAGUCGUGUUUCCUGCCGCUGGUUACAUGGCGAUGGCAGUAGAAGCCUUGAUACAAGUAGCUUCGGACGGCAAACCUUCUACCGCCGCAUCAGUCGUGCUUCGGCAUGUAGACCUACUCAAUGCCAUGCCCUUGGCCGACGAGAAUUCUAUUGAGUUGUACACUGAGCUGCGACCUCUCGCUCUUUCGAAUACCAAUAUUUCUAAAAAUUGGUGGCAAUUUCAGAUAUCUUCAAUAUCAGAUGGCGUCGCGACCAUCCGUGCCAAGGGGUCCAUAAAAUUCGACUCGGGAGACUCUAUUACAAGCUUGUCAUUGCCAUCAUCCGAUGGUCGAAUCGCGCCUCAAUCUAAGCGUCUUUGGUACGAAAGUAUCGCGAGAGGCGGCCUUGGCUUUGGUCCUGAAUUCCAAAUAAUGGAUGAGGUCUAUACGCCGGAUCCUAAGGGGACGAUGUACGCCGAAGCAAGGACAAAAUCGUUAAUCCCUGAAAUCCAGGGGUCUACGACAAAACCUAGGUACCUCAUCCAUCCGACUCUCCUUGAUUCUCUAUUCCAAGUUGGCCUUAUUUCCUGCACCGGGGGGUUCAUACAGUCUAUGGUCGCAAAAGUACCGACAAGGAUACGACAGGCCACAAUCAACCUACACCCCUAUACAGAGGGCGUGGGCACAAUUCGCUCAAAGUCGAAGGUCAUCGGCUUCUCUUCGAAUAGCCUCGACGCUGCCUUGCUCGAUACUCAACAGCAAACAAUAGCCCAUUUCAAGGACGUUGAUAUCACCACAUUUGCCGGCAACGAGAAGGUAGAGGUGCGCCACCCCUUUCUCCGAGUCAGCUGGAAACACGAUGUGGACAAGAUUAAGGAUAAUGUUUCCUUUUCCAAAGCACUUGACCACAUUCUGUCGAUUACAGAAUUAGGAUGCCUAGGCUCAAGGGGGCAUAUACUGGCCGCUCUUGAUCUGUUGGUUCACAAGAACCCGGACGCCCGCAUCUUGUGCCUCUCUGGCGAUCACGUUUUGGUUGCGAUGGCUCUAUUGGAGGUUCUCAAGGCCACGUCGCACCAUCGACGCUUUCGUUCAUUCUCUCUCGGCCGUUUGACGAGCGGCGGUAAACUCGAAGUGGCGGAGAUCCGCAACUAUACCAUGCCACUUGGUUUGAAGUCGUUGGCGUACGAAGACCAUUCGGCGGACCAGUACGAAAUCGUCAUUCUUCCUGACGAUCUAGAGGUGCUUAAAUUGCUCAAUGGCAUGACAACUACCAACAGUGUGUUCCUCCGAGCUACUGCACCUAAUGCUAAUAGUGACUCCAUCGUCGAGGGGCUGUCCACCAUAUGCUCUACAACGACAAGGUCACAUGGCAUCCAACUAUUUCGGAAAUCGCCGGGUUUAGUCGAUGGCAUCUCCGCUAACUGUCGCAAUAUCAUCCAUGUCUGCGGGUCUCCGUCGCAUCCUAGUGAUGCUCAGUUGAGGGAUGAGCUUAGCAGAGACUUGGGAAUGCCCGUGCAGCAGAUAGCACUUGCCGAUCUGGCCGAAUCGUCUAUCGCGGCCAACGCGCUGGUCAUCUCCACCGUCGAGCUAGAGAGGCCUGUCCUUGCUGGCGCCGAUCAACGAGACUAUUUUGGUAUCCAGCAGAUCGUCGAGCAGGCGGCAAAGAUCGUCUGGGUGGCAGGGUGCGGAGUCCAUCAAGGUUUCGACCCUACCCUGUCUCUGUUUCCCGGCCUCGCACGAGCCAUCAUGAUCGAGCAACCCUCGACGAAGAUCUUCACCCUUGAGCUAGACCCGCACCACGCUAGCCCCGAAUCCAUGUCUCGCGACAUUUCGGCAAUCAUCGAUCAGGCAAAAUCCCCGAUUGCCGACUACGAAUACGUCAGGGAUGGCGCCGGCCUCAUGAUCAGCAGGGCCGUUCCUGACGAUCGCAUGAACAAACAGUUCCGAGAUCGGGAUAAUGCUGUCGCGACGUCGCUGCCGCUCGGGAACGCUGGUACCGCCGCUCUGUCGCUGCAGAAGCCGGGCCAGCUUAGUACGGCGCAGUUUGUUAAGAAGCGACGUCAUGACUCUAAUAGUUUGGCGGCAGAUCACGUACUAGUGAAGGUGACUUGCAUCGGUCUCAACGCCAAGGACGUGUAUGCCCUUGCUGGGCGUGUCCAUACGACCGAAGCGUCAUGCAGCCUUGAAUACACGGGCCAGGUUGUUGCGGCUGGUUCCGCUGUCGAGGAAUUAGCCGUGGGUGACAAAGUGGCUGUCAUGUACCCCGGACACUUUAGUACCUUUGAGUCGGUGCCGUCUUGGAGUUGUGUGAAGCUAAGACGGGACGAGGACCUUUGGGUCAUGGCCUCUGUUUUAGUCGUUUUCGUAACCGCAAUCUAUGCUCUUCACUACCGCGCACAGCUACAGCCUGGGGAAAGCAUUCUCAUCCAUUCCGCCGCUGGGGGUGUCGGCAUCGCAACGAUUCAGCUAGCCAAGCUGAUCGGUGCCGAGAUCUUUGCUACGGUCGGAACGGACGAGAAGAAGCAAUAUCUUGUAGAUAACUUCGGUCUGCAAGCUGACCACAUUUUCAAUUCCCGGGACUCGAGCUUUGUCUCCGGCAUCAAGACAACAACGGCUGGCCGAGGCGUCGAUGUCAUUCUCAACUCAUUGGUUGGCGAACUCCUUCACGAGAGUUGGCAAUGCUUGGCAGACUUCGGCCGCUUCGUCGAAAUCGGUAAGCGCGAUAUCGUCGAUGGCGGUAACUUGAACAUGGAAGUACUCUCUCGUGGCACGACCUUUACAGCAUUUGAUCUCAGUAUGCUCGCUGAAUCAACGUCUCCGGCACAUCACCGCCUCUACAAGACUAUGCUGGCACGCGCCAUGGAACUCGUGCGGAGUAAGAGUGUGCAACCCGUGAAGCCCUUGUCCGUCUUCAAGGUCUCGGAAGUAACACCCGCCUUCAACUACUUUAAUAGUUCGAAGCGGAUGGGGAAGAUUGUGAUCUCGUUCGAGGACCAGACUCAGAUGGUUCCAGUCGUACCGGAUAAGUUCUCUGCUGUUCUAGAUCCUAACAAGAGCUACUUGCUCCUCGGAUGUUUAGGUGGCCUUGGUCGUAGCCUUUCGACAUGGAUGCUAAGCCGCGGUGCUCGAAAAUUUGUCUUCGUUGGUCGUUCAGGGACCGAGAAACCAGCAGCCAAGCACCUAGUUGAGAAUUUGGAAAAGGCUGGCGCAAGUUGCAUAGUAAUUAAAGGUAAUGUAACCAACGAGGAUGACAUGCUGAGGGCCGUCGCCGCAGCACCAGCACCUCUGGGAGGUGUUGUACAAGCUGCAAUGGGCUUAAACGAGGCUAUCUUCAGAAACAUGUCUCGAGAGCACUGGCUUAACGGCACCGAGGCCAAGGUCAAGGGCACCUGGAAUAUCCACAACGCGCUAUCGAAGCUCGACAAGGAAAAGGAGCUCGACUUCUUCAUCAUGACGAGCUCUAUCAACGGUAAGGUUGGUACUGCGACAGAGAGUAACUAUUGCGCCGCGAACAACUUUUUGGACGUGUUUGCCCGCUACCGCCGUAGCCUCGGUCUACAGGCCAUCUCCCUUGGGAUAGGCAUGGUUUCGGAGGUCGGCUAUUUGCACGAAAACCCACACAUAGAAGACCUUCUCCUGCGUAAAGGUAUUCGCCCUAUCACCGAAGACGAAUUGUUGCAAAUUUUCGAUUUCGCUCUAUCCGAGCCACCAACCUCGGCGCAUCCUAGGGACCUGCUUUCGCAUCCGCACCUCCUUACUGGUUUGGAGGUGACAGGUCUCCAAGACCAGCAUAAGCAAGGCUACAAUGGAUACUGGCAGUUCCUAGAUGACGCGCGCUUCUCCGUGCUGACUUGUGCGCUCAAACGCAGUAGCGCUAGCGAGACAGCAUCAGGUUCUGGUUCACAGUGGACUGCAAUCAGUGAAGCACUCGACUCAGGAGAUAAAGCAACCCUUGUAACCGUUAUCAAGGACUUGAUUGCGAAGAAGAUGUCCAAUUUGAUUCUGGUUCCCCUUGCCAAGUUGGAUGUCAAGACACCUCUGUCGGACUUCGGGAUGGAUUCGAUGCUGGCAGCGGAGCUGCGACAAUACAUAUUUAGCGCGACAGGCGCAGACGUCCUUUUCCUGACGUUGAUGGAUAAGGCUACGAAUGUAAUGACAUUGUCGGGAAUAGUGGCAGACAAGCUGCAAGAAUCCAGGAAUAAGGAGUCUUCUUAG